AUGGCUGCCACUAGCAAAGAAGCAAUCAACCUUGAGCACGAAUACAGUGCACACAACUACCAUCCCCUUCCUGCUGUCUUCUCCAAGGCACAAGGUGUGUGGGUUUGGGACCCUGAGGGUCGUAAAUACAUGGACUUUUUGUCUGCCUACUCGGCUGUGAACCAAGGCCAUUGUCACCCAAAGAUUGUCAAGGCCCUUUGUGACCAAGCUCAAGUUCUCACGCUGUCGUCUCGUGCAUUCUACAACAACGUGUUUGGUUCGUUUGCAAAAUACAUUCACGAAUACUUUGGCUACGAUAUGGUGCUUCCCAUGAACACGGGUGCUGAAGCUGUUGAAACCGCCAUCAAGCUUGCACGCAAGUGGGGUUAUGAAAAGAAGGGUAUUCCAGAGAACGAAGCUAUUGUACUCAGCGCUGAAAACAACUUCCAUGGUCGUACCACGGGUGUUGUCAGCAUGAGCACUGAUCCUGAAUCCUAUGGUGGUUUUGGUCCUUACCUUCCUCUUGUUGGCCCCAAGGCUACUGGUCAUCUCAUCCGCUACAACAAUGUUGAUGAUCUCAAGCAGGUUCUUGAAGCACAUGGUGACAAGGUUGCUGCUUUCAUUGUUGAGCCUAUUCAAGGUGAAGCUGGUAUCAUGGUCCCUGAUGAUGGCUACUUGAAGCAAUGCCAAGAAUUGUGCAAGAAGCACAAUGUGCUCUUUAUCGCUGACGAGAUUCAAACCGGUUUGGGUCGUACUGGCAAGAUGUUGUGCACUCAACACGACAACAUUCGCCCUGAUGUCGUAUUGUUGGGCAAGGCUCUUUCGGGUGGUGUGUACCCUGUAUCAGCUGUGUUGGCUGAUAAAGAUGUCAUGAUGUGCAUUAAGCCUGGUGAGCAUGGAUCCACUUAUGGCGGCAACCCACUUGGAUGUGCUGUUUCGAUUGCUGCUUUGGAGGUUAUCAAGGAAGAGGAUUUGCCUGCACGUGCUGAGCGAUUGGGCAAGGUCUUUAGAGAUGCUCUUUCCAAAAUCAAGAGUCCUCUUUUGCAAACAGUUCGUGGCCGUGGUUUGCUCAACGCUAUUGUGAUUGAUGAAUCUAAGUCUGAUAAGACUGCAUGGGAGAUUUGCUUGUUGCUCAAGUCUCGCGGUCUUUUGGCCAAGCCAACCCACGUGAAUAUUAUCCGAUUGGCUCCACCCUUGGUGAUCACUGAAGAGGAGUUGUUGGAAGGUGCUCGUAUCAUCGAACAAGCCCUUACUGAUAUUGUCGACAUGAAGAAGGAGGAUAUCAAGGAAGAGUAA